UGAAAACUACAUUUAUUGGACAGAUUGGAAUACUAAGGCUAUUUAUAAGGCUGAUAAAUUCACUGGAGAAAACAGGGUUGUGCUGCAAACAACCAUACACAGACCAAUGGAUCUCCAUGUCUACCAUCCACUCAGACAACGUGAAAUGCCGAAUCCCUGUGGUAGCAACAAUGGAGGCUGUUCCCAUUUGUGUCUCAUCUCCCCUGGGGGGACUACGUUUAGCUGUGCUUGCCCUGAUGACUUUGUGCUGCAGUCAAAUCAACGUGAAUGUAUGCCAAACUGUAGUAAUACUCAGUAUAGAUGUGCUGAUAACGAGAAGUGUAUCCCGUUACUAUGGAAAUGUGAUGGUCAAGCAGAUUGCAGAGAUGCCUCAGAUGAGCCUACAAGUUGUCCAAUAAGGGUAUGUAACCCAGGUUGGUUUCAGUGUGAUAACUUCAACUGUACACGAUCUGUGUGGAUUUGUGACGGUGAUAAUGAUUGUGGUGAUAUGUCUGACGAGGAACACUGUGAACUACGUAGCUGUGAGAGAUCACAGUUUCGCUGUAACAACCACCAUUGCGUGUCAGAGAAUUUUUUAUGUGACGGCGACGAUGACUGCAAAGAUAACUCUGAUGAGGACCCAGACUUUUGUGAUUCCCGUACUUGUGAUGUCGGGAUGUAUACAUGUGACAAUGGGUUUUGUAUUCCAGAAGCAUGGCAUUGUGAUUUUGAUAAUGAUUGUGGGGAUGACUCGGAUGAAAAAGCUGAGUGCAGAUUAAGACCAUGCCAGGCUGGUUGGUUUGAUUGCCAUAGCAACUAUAGGUGUGUCCCUGAAUGGUCUGUUUGUGAUGGGAAAGAUGAUUGCCGUGACAACAGCGAUGAAAGCCCAGAGGAAUGUGAAUCUCGAGAGUGCAAAGUUGGUGAAUUCCGCUGUGGCAAUCACCGUUGUAUACCGCAGAGAUGGGUAUGUGACGGUGACAAUGACUGCGGCGACAGCUCGGAUGAACUUAGUUGCACUCUUCGUUCAUGCAGUGAGAGUGAAUUUGCCUGUGACAACGGUGCUUGUAUUCCUAGUAGAUGGAUCUGUGACCAUGACAACGAUUGUGAAGAUGAUUCAGAUGAGCAGAACUGCCACCUGACAACUUGUGUGCCCGGUUACUUUCAAUGCCUUAGUGGUCACUGUGUUCCUGAUAGCUAUGUAUGCAAUGGGGAUAAAGAUUGUAGAGAUGAUGCUUCUGAUGAAAUUGACUGUCCACCCCGCUAUCCAGAUGGAAGGUACUGCCCAGCCAAUAAGUUUCAGUGCAGCAAUACAGUCUGUGUUCCAUUACCAUGGCGAUGUGAUGGUGAUAAUGACUGUGGUGAUGGGUCGGAUGAGACAGAUAUGAUCUGUGCUGAAAUAGACUGUCCUGAAAGCUCCAGAUUUCGAUGCAACAAUAAUAGGUGUAUUCCAAGAUGGCGACUUUGUGAUGGUGUUGACAAUUGUGGUGAUGCCAGUGAUGAAAAUACGCAUUAUAUGUGUGAACCAGAGAUUCGAGACUGCACCCUUGACGAAUUUAAAUGUUCUAAUAAACGCUGUGUUUCAGUAUUUAGUGUCUGUGAUACAUUUGAUGACUGUGGGGAUCAAAGUGAUGAGGCUGGUUGCCAUAAAACUGGUCAAACAUUGAAUGAAUGCCUGGUUAAUAAUGGCGGCUGCGAACUCCAUUGCCUGGAUAUAGCCGAUGGUUUUCUCUGUAGUUGUGGUGAUGGCUACCAAGCUGUGCCUGGUAACAAGAGGUCUUGUAGAGAUGUAAAUGAAUGUUUGGAGCCGACUUGUAUGCAGGUAUGUUUGAAUAACAAGGGUGGAUAUCAUUGUGGGUGUUCAAGUGGCUAUUUAGAUGAAUACCGGAACGGAUCACACUGUAGGGCUUCAGGUGAUGAUGAGAUCCUAAUGUAUACUGAUGGUCCAGAGAUAAGAAGAUACAAUCCAAAACAGAAUAGAUUUGGGGAUGUUGUCACCGGAGAGAAAAGGUCAUGGGCAAUGGACUACUAUGUAAUUGAUGGGAACCAAUCAAUUGUUUACUGGACAGAUACCUCACUGCAGACAGUAAAGCGUUCUUAUCUACCAUACUUGACAGAACAGGUGGGAUUCUCACAAGACCUGGGUAUCACUGGCAUAAUCAGACCGGAAGGAAUUGCAGUUGAUUGGGUAGAAGGUUUAUUAUACUGGACAGACAUUGGUGAUGACACUACAUUGCCUAAAAUUUCGGUAUCUAUGUUGGAUGGGCGAUAUCAGAAAACUCUGAUCAGUACAGGACUCGGCCGACCUGGCGCCAUCGUGGUGAAUCCAAGAAGAGGCUGGAUGUAUUGGGUGGACAGUGGAUUAUCUCCUAGAAUUGAAGCUGCUUGGAUGAAUGGCCAGAAUCGUACAGUCCUUGUGUCAGAUCAAAUUGUUGAACCAACGGGAAUCACUAUUGAUUUUGCGAAUGGAGAUCGAAUUUACUGGUGUGAUAAAAAAGAAAACUUGAUUGAGACAAUGAACUACGAUGGCAGUAACCGUAAAGUUUUGAAAUCAGGACCACUGUUGGGCAACCCUUACUACCUUGACGUGUUUGAAGGCUUUCUGUACUGGACCAAUGACACUUCUGUUAUGAAGAGUGACAAACUUGGAAGAGGUAUUCCUACAGUGGUUGCUGGCGACUUAACUCUACCCGUCUCGUUAAAAAUUCAUCAUUUUGUCAGGUAUCCACACGAAACAUCACGUUGUAAAGCAGGUCAAUGUAGCCAUCUAUGUUUACUAGUUCCUAACAGUUAUCGAUGUGCUUGUCCAAACGGAGAUAAUUUCAUGAUAAAUAGCUACACAGUAUGCCAAGGACCCAAAGAAGCAGCUAGGGAGGACCCUUAUCGAUGUCAGUGUCAAAAUGGUGGACUAUGUCAUAAUUUAGUCAAUGAUACUAUAGUGUGUGUUUGCCAAGGUGACUGGCAAGGAGAGUUUUGUUCGAUACUAGCCAGAAAGCAAGGUGCUGGCGAUAGGGAUACUCAUGUACUUCUGGCAGUGUUUAUUGUUGUCCUGGUACUUGGCUUUGUUGUUGUCGUGUUAAUUUACAUCUUCAUUCGAAACAAACGAAAGGCAAAGCACACAAGUGAGCAAAGCGUAUCCUUCCGUAAUGGUAUGAAUGUAGAUCUUGGUACACCAUCAUAUCUAAGCGAUGAUACAGACGUUACAUCUAAUGGGGAACCUGUGUUGCAAGGAGAGUUCAAGAUCGAUUCAACGUCAUCCACAUCAUUCAGCAACCCAAUAUACAACAUACAACUACCGCCACUUAGUGAAUCUUCCACGGAUCCACCAGAUCCUGAAAAAUUUGCAAUUUCAUCUGAAAUUGGCGGUGCUGCAGCCACAGAUGUGGUGCUCAACAUUCCAGUUCCCGGAUCAGAAAUAAUACCCCCACCUCAGGUGACGAGUCCCGAGGUAAAAGAGCCGCUACCGCCUGGCAUGUCGCCAGCGUAUAAUCCGACUGAAGACGACGAAGAAGACACAGCAGAGUUGGUGACAAGAUCCGAACAUUAAUUUUCGAACAUUAGUGUAUUCAUAUGUGUAAAUAGGAUUUUGUGGUAGAUUUAUAAUGCAAUAUUUUAAUCUGUUCCGCAACAAGGUUUUAAAUUUUGUCACCAUUUUUUUUAAUCUUAUUGUUAUCUAAUUAUUUUACCAUUCUCUAAAACAGUUGGGUGUUCAAGCCCUAAGAACCUUGUAUGCUCAUCUUUUCUCUGCAAUAAAUGUUUUUUUAUUAUCACAUUUGCAUUGCGAUAAAAAUGAAUGCUGCCAAUACCGCCAAAGCAUGUGAUAAUAUUUUUCUUUUUAAUAAUCAAAACUAAUGCAAUUAACGCUUUGAUUACCAAAGUCAACUGCAAAAUCACUUGAUCACAAAAUAAAACUGUCUUGGCGAAAAAAAGGUUCCAAUUGUAGUCUGCUCUUUUCCUCAGAAAAUCUUGAUUUAAAUUAUCAAAUUGUUGAUCAAAAACUUAAAGCAAUUUCAAAAGUCAUCUGU